AUGACGAUGAGUACAAACAACUGCGAGAGCAUGACCUCGUACUUCACCAACUCGUACAUGGGGGCGGACAUGCACCAUGGCCACUACCCGGGCAACGGGGUCACCGACCUGGACGCCCAGCAGAUGCACCACUACAGCCAGAACGCGAGCCACCAGGGCAACAUGCCCUACCCGCGCUUCCCGCCCUACGACCGCAUGCCCUACUACAACGGCCAGGGGAUGGACCAGCAGCAGCAGCAGCAGCACCAGGUCUACUCCCGCCCGGACAGCCCCUCCAGCCAGGUGGGCGGGGUCAUGCCCCAGGCGCAGACCAACGGCCAGCUGGUGGUGCCCCAGCAGCAACAGCAGCAGCAGCAGCAACAGCCCACGCAGAACCAGCAGCAGCAGCAGCAGCAGGCGCAGCAGGCCCCGCAGCAGCAACUGCAGCAGCAGCUGCCGCAGGUGACGCAACAGGUGACACAUCCGCAGCAGCAGCAGCAGCAGCCCGUCGUCUACGCCAGUUGCAAGCUGCAGGCGGCCGUCGGCGGACUGGGCAUGGUGCCCGAGGGCGGGUCGCCCCCGCUGGUGGACCAGAUGUCCGGACACCACAUGAACGCCCAGAUGACGCUGCCCCACCACAUGGGACAUCCGCAGGCGCAGUUGGGCUACACGGACGUGGGAGUUUCCGACGUGACAGAGGUCCAUCAGAACCACCACAACAUGGGCAUGUACCAGCAGCAGACGGGCGUUCCGCCGGUGGGAGCACCGCCCCAGGGAAUGAUGCACCAGGGCCAGGGUCCGCCGCAGAUGCACCAGGGCCACCCCGGCCAACACACGCCCCCUUCCCAAAACCCGAACUCGCAGUCCUCGGGGAUGCCGUCUCCACUGUAUCCCUGGAUGCGAAGUCAGUUUGGUAAGUGUCAAGAACGCAAGCGCGGAAGGCAGACAUACACCCGGUAUCAGACGCUGGAGCUGGAGAAGGAGUUCCACUUCAAUCGCUACUUGACCCGCCGGCGGAGGAUCGAGAUCGCCCACGCCCUGUGUCUCACGGAGCGCCAGAUAAAGAUUUGGUUCCAGAAUCGUCGCAUGAAGUGGAAGAAGGAGAACAAGACGAAGGGCGAGCCGGGAUCCGGAGGCGAGGGCGAUGAGAUAACGCCACCCAACAGUCCGCAGUAGAUCCGACGCACCAGUUAAAUGAAAUUUCUAUCUAAAUACAAUUUACGUUAGUUCCGAGAGCGCAAAUGAAUUUACUUCGAUCCCAGAGGACUAUCUACUACCUAUCCAAUCCGUUGAACUUCGCGUGAACUAAACUAAACUAAACAAAGAGCAGUGCUGAGAACGCUGCCUACAACUUAGUUAAUUGUUAUUAUUUUCUACUUAUUAUUUAAUUGUACACGAAUGGCAAGUGGAGAAAGCGAAAUAAGAUAAACGUAUAGGUAACGAUUACGAUAAAGAUACAAGAUACAAGAUACAAGUAAAGCGUAAAACUCAAACAAAACCAACUCAUGUGACCUCAGAUCUAAAUAAGCUAUAUUUAACUAUAAUGCAUAUAUAUACACAUAAAUAUAUGGAUAACUAUACAUGAUACCAAGUAAAGCUAAAGGCAAGGAGUUAUAUAUAAAUAAAUAUAUAUGAAGCAUAUAUACUAUAUACACGAUAACAUUAGUUCUACGCGUCAUAAGUACUGUACGAUUAACUUAUAUAUACACCCCAGCAUAAACCCUAAACCUAAAGAUAAAACUAAAUCAAUGUUUGUAGCAGUCCUAGCGCAAAAGUAUAAAAUAAAGAUCAAUAAACAUCUUCGAAAAACCAAAUGGCGUCAAUAUCCAUUGCAUGUUGGUUUAAGAAACCCAUAAAUAUUUCAUAAUACAGAACAUGAUAAUAGAAAAUUUUGCCCUAAGUGAAUGUCGCAAAUUUAGACAAAGAAAUACCAAAACCACGGAAUAGCGUUGCUUAAAGGAAACAAAACUUUUUACACAUACAAUAAAAACAAAACUAUUAACUGGCAGAAGCUUAACUAUAAAUAGAAAGGAAUCGCAAAUGAUUGGCCAAACUCCAAAGUAAUAGAUGUAAAAAAUCGACGACAAAUUAAACUUUUUUAAUCUCAAAAACCACUUCUAAACUUGAAACCAAUUUGAGAGUUUUUCAAGUUUUGGUUAAAAGAACUUUUAUUUCUGUAUUGUCUUUUAAUUUUAAUGUCUUGUGCAAUUUUUAGUUCUUGCAAAAAUAAAAUUCGAAUUAGGUCGAAAAGGAUAUAAAGUAUACCGAAAUGCAUAAAAAUAUGAAUUGGCAAGUGAAGAAGAAAAAUAUAACUGUUAACAGAGGAAAACAAUGAAUAUGUAAAAAUUAUGAAUUCAAACUAAGAUCCUGUAAAGUAGUAAAAUGAAAAGAAUGCAUUAUUAUGUGAGGAUGUAGAAAACCCUCUUUGAAACGGAACCGAACGAUUUCUAUAUGAAUAUUCGCCUAACAACUAUAUAAAUGUAUGUACGUAACUCAAACUCAAUUUCCACGCCAUCUGUGGAAAUCCAUAUACCAAAGUCAAAGGAACGAAGGAGAAAGAAAAAGAAGGAUGGGAAGGAAAAACUAUAAAGCAUCAUAUGUUUAUAUGUAGAUAUAUAUAAUUAAACAAGCCUAAUAUAAAACAUGUAACUUUAUAGAGCGUUUCGUUUUGUAAAUUCCCCAGAAAACCCCCUUCCCUUCCCGAGCCGAUUCCCAAUCCCAGGUGAAAGGAUUUGUGAUUUGCAAUAGAUGAAAAUAGUCAAAAGAAAUGGAAAAAAAAUCUUUUCGAUGUAUAAGUAUUGGCUAAAACAACCUUGAGAGCGAAAUUAAACUCAAUCCAGAUACGUAACUUUCGGCCUCAUUCUGUAAGAAACUAAAUACUUAAGUUUCAAUUCAGAAAAUACAAAAAAAAAUUGGAACAUAAAAUAAAAAUAGAAUGUAGAAAUUCACAAGAAACAAAAUUCGGAAGCGUUGAUAAAAUAUAUAUUUGAAACAAAACAAAAACAUUAAAUACACUCAAACAUUUGUGCGAAAUGGAAACGAAAUGUGGAAGCUAAACAAUUUGUUGUAAAUAAAAUUUAAACAUUAGUGUAAACAAGAUGGUGAAGAAUGCAGUGGAUGUGCUGCAAAAGGCAAAGCGAAAAGCAUAAAGAAAAUUAUAAUUAAAUUACAAAUGAGAUUUUGUUUUUAUUUGUAAUAUUUAUAAUAAAAAUAUAGUAUUUAAAAAUUUA